AUGGCCACGGCGGCUUCUAACCCCUACCUGCCGGGGAACAGCUUGCUAGCGGCCGGCUCCAUCGUCCACUCGGACGCGGCGGGGGCCGGCGGCGGCGGGGGCGGCGGGGCAGGAGGCGGGGGCGGCGGGGCUGGGGGCGGCGGGGGCGGCAUGCAGCCGGGCAGCGCGGCUGUGACCUCGGGCGCCUACCGAGGGGACCCGGCCUCCGUCAAGAUGGUGCAGAGCGACUUCAUGCAGGGGGCCAUGGCCGCCAGCAACGGCGGCCAUAUGCUGAGCCACGCGCACCAGUGGGUCACCGCGCUGCCCCACGCCGCCGCCGCCGCCGCCGCCGCCGCCGCCGCCGCCGUGGAGGCCAGCUCGCCGUGGUCUGGCAGCGCCGUGGGCAUGGCCGGCAGCCCCCAGCAGCCGCCGCCGCCGCCGCCGCAGGGCCCCGACGUGAAGGGCGGCACGGGGCGCGAGGACCUGCACGCGGGCACCGCCCUGCACCACCGCGGGCCGCCGCACCUCGGGCCGCCGCCGCCGCCGCCGCACCAGGGCCACCCCGGGGGCUGGGGGGCCGCCGCCGCCGCCGCCGCCGCUGCCGCCGCCGCCGCCGCCGCUGCGCAUCUCCCGUCCAUGGCCGGCGGCCAGCAGCCGCCGCCGCAGAGUCUGCUCUACUCGCAGCCCGGGGGCUUCACGGUGAACGGCAUGCUGAGCGCGCCCCCGGGCCCGGGGGGCGGCGGCGGCGCGGGCGGCGCGGGGGGCGGCGGCGCGCAGAGCCUGGUGCACCCGGGGCUGGUGCGCGGGGACACGCCCGAGUUGGCCGAGCACCAUCACCACCACCACCACCACGCGCACCCGCACCCGCCGCACCCGCACCACGCGCAAGGGCCCCCCCACCACGGCGGCGGCGGCGGCGCGGGGCCCGGACUCAACAGCCACGACCCGCACUCGGACGAGGACACGCCGACGUCCGACGACCUGGAGCAGUUCGCCAAGCAGUUCAAGCAGCGGCGCAUCAAGCUGGGCUUCACGCAGGCCGACGUGGGGCUGGCACUGGGCACCCUGUACGGCAACGUGUUCUCGCAGACUACCAUCUGCCGCUUCGAGGCCCUGCAGCUGAGCUUCAAGAACAUGUGCAAGCUCAAACCGUUGCUCAACAAGUGGCUGGAGGAGGCGGACUCGAGCACCGGCAGCCCCACGAGCAUCGACAAGAUCGCGGCGCAGGGCCGCAAGCGCAAGAAGCGGACCUCCAUCGAGGUGAGCGUCAAGGGCGCGCUGGAGAGCCACUUCCUCAAAUGCCCCAAGCCCUCCGCGCAGGAGAUCACAAACCUGGCCGACAGCCUGCAGCUCGAGAAGGAGGUGGUGCGGGUGUGGUUCUGCAACCGGAGGCAGAAGGAGAAGCGCAUGACGCCGCCCGGGAUCCAGCAGCAGACGCCCGACGACGUGUACUCGCAGGUGGGCCCGGUGAGCGCCGACACGCCGCCGCCGCACCACGGGCUGCAGACAAGCGUGCAGUGA